AUGGGAAAUUCACUGUGCUGCAGUAAUACUAACUUCAAUGUUUGUUCUCCUCAUGACACUAAUGACAAGACUUUUGUGUACCUAACCUCUCCUAUCCAAAGAGACCCUGCUGCUAUUCUUAAUCUUAAAAGAACUAGAGCUAAAGCUAACGGUAACCCACAUUCGCCUUAUAAAAAUUCUGAUCUUAAGAAUAUAAUGAAGAAUGAUAGGGCUAUAUUGGCACGAAGAGGAUCAUAAGCUAAAUAGUAAACUUGGAAAAUGUAAAUGGUUUUUAAUGUUAAAGCUCCUUUUGAUGUUAAAAACGUUAGCUACAGCCAAAGAAGGUACCUAGGUUUCAGAAAUAGAUUUGAAUUCGAUAAAAAGAGGUUGCUUUUAGCAUCUGAAAAACAAAUAGUAAUUGUUGGGUAUAACCAAAUAGAGUAACCCUAUGAACUUUUCAGAGGUCCAAUUUUAGAAUUCUAGUAAGAUAUACAGGAUGAAUCUUCACCUACAGAGCAAGUAGGAAAAUAUGAUGGGUUUGAGAUAAAGCUAGUGAAAUUUAUGGAGGAUCACAUUUCAAAUUUUAUCUUGGUUGUUGCUUAAGAUGCAUCAAACAAGAAGAUAGAGUUCAAAAUACUUAAAAUCUCUAAGAAUAAAGAAGGUCUUUCAAGUGCAAUUGAAGAAUAUUUGAAUUAAGAGAAGUCAAAUAAAGAUUUCAUUGCAGAUCAUGUCACUGAGCAAAUCAACAAGGGUAACUAUCGCAGAGAUCAACUCAGAAAAAAUGAUAAUAUCGAAGUAGUACCUGCCAAAAGUGCUGCAUCAAGGUCUAAGAACCCUAAGAAGAGAAAGGCGUCAUUGAUUAGUAACAAUUUCUAUCAAAUAGAUAAUCCAUUGACUUCUAACAAUGAAAAUUCACGCAAUAGAAUCCUCUUUAGUGGAACAGAAAACAAGCCAAAUAAGGUCAAUAAAAGUCAAACACAUAAAACAGCUAUUUAGUCAUUUUAAAACGAUGCAAGGAAAAUAGGAGUUGGUAUUCAGAAAUCAGAAUUUAUUAAGUCUCAAAUAAUUCAUUAGAGAGCUAAUACUACUAUGCCAGCUAGUGUAAAUAAAAUUGUUUUGUAAAAUCAGACAAUGAAAUCUCUAGACCUUAAUAAAUCAUUCAUGAUUGAGACUUUAAACAUAAAAGAUCAGCCAUUUUACCUAGAGUAGUUUGGUAAAUUAUCAAUGAAAGGUUAGGUUGAUAUGGCUCAGCUUCAUUAUGGACCCGAUGGAAACUUUUUGUUCACAUUAGACAGUUAAUAACUUAUCAUCAACAUUUUUCUUAUAAGGACUAGAUUAGAGGAUUAAAAGGAAAAUAUAGAAACAUUGAAUCCCAAAGUCGCAAACUUCACAAUGUCUAAAAAGAGUAUUAUUAGGUUAGACUUUGAGCCGAAUAACAUAGAUUUUUAUGCUGAUUAUCUACUAGUUACAUAUAACAGACCUAUGAAAAUAAUAGAUAUUUAUGAAAAGAAGGGAACUUUAUGUAAUAGAAUGGACAUUGAGGAAUCACUGCAUGUUUACAAUUUGGAAUUAGUAAACAUUUAAAGAGCAAUGUUUCCAAAAUUAAGAUGGUCUGACAGAAAAAUAGAAGAAUUUGAAAGAGCAAAUAAAUCACAACUCCUUAAAAAGAUGGUUAUAGUGGGAUAGUGUAGAUAGCAACAAAUUAACAAGGAAAUCACCUUAUUAAAGGAGCUAGAAGAUUAGAAUAAUAAGUUAAUUGAAUCUCAAAAUGUAACUAAUUAAGAUGAAAACAUUCAAACUUUCAUAGCAAUCUUUAACAUUCACACCUAACAGAUAGAAAAGAUCUAACUGUUAAAAACUAAGUACGGAGAGGUAUCAUGUGUCAAUUUCGGCCCUUUUGAUAAUGGAUAUUUAUUAGUUGGGUUGACGAAAGGGGUAUUAAUAGCUUUUGAUAUAAAUGAUCUUAGCAUUAUAAUGCAAGAAAAAAUUUUUGAAGAUGUUGAAAUAGCAGAUAUAAGUUUUGAGCCCACUAAUCUUGUAUUUGUGACAUCAAGUAAUGAUGACGUAGUCACUCUAAAUUUCAUUAAAAAGGAGGUGCAUUACAUGUAUGUGGAAUUGGGUAAGAAACAGUAUUGCACGGUUAAAGUACCUCACUCUCGCAUAAAUAUAUAUCAAAAGCAAACCUAGUAGAAGACUGAGUAAAAUAAUGACGACAAUGAGGAAGAAUAUGAGAAAAAUAACGAUAAUAUCCUAAGAAUAUGCUGUUGA